UAGAGGCCAGUAUUCUCAGGCAACAAAUUAAAAGAUCCUGGUUCAUAAGCCUCAACUCAAAUUCUCUCUAGGGACUCAUCUUUGAAAUUAUCAGUUCAAAGAUCAAACAAACACCAUGUUGGUGGAACUUGCAUUAGCAUUACUGGCCAUAGCUCUGUUCUUACAUUUACGUCCCACACCAACUGCCAAAUCCAAGGCCCUUCGUCACCUUCCAAACCCUCCAAGUCCCAAGCCUCGUCUUCCAUUCGUUGGACACCUUCACCUUUUGGACCAACCACUUCUCCACCACUCCCUCAUCAAACUCGGCGAGCGAUAUGGGCCUUUGUACUCUCUCUAUUUUGGAUCCAUGCCCACCGUUGUUGCCUCAACCCCUGAACUCUUCAAACUCUUCCUUCAGACCCAUGAGGCCUCUUCCUUCAACACAAGGUUCCAAACCUCUGCCAUUAGGCGCCUCACCUAUGACAACUCUGUUGCCAUGGUCCCUUUUGCUCCUUAUUGGAAGUUCAUCAGGAAGAUCAUCAUGAACGACCUCCUCAACGCCACCACCGUCAACAAGUUGAGGCCUUUGAGGAGCCAAGAGAUUCGUAAGGUUCUGAAGGCUAUGGCACAUAGUGCGGAAUCUCAACAACCCCUUAAUGUCACUGAGGAGCUUCUCAAGUGGACAAACAACACCAUCUCUCGAAUGAUGUUGGGGGAGGCUGAAGAGGUCAGAGAUAUUGCUCGUGAGGUGCUUAAGAUCUUCGGGGAAUAUAGUCUCACAGACUUCAUUUGGCCAUUGAAGAAGCUCAAGGUUGGACAGUAUGAAAAGAGAAUAGAUGAGAUAUUUAACAAAUUCGACCCCGUCAUUGAGAAGGUCAUCAAGAAACGCCAAGAGAUAAUAAAGAGGAGAAAAGAGAGAGAUGGAGAACUUGAGGAGGGUGAGCAAAGUGUAGUUUUCCUCGAUACUUUGCUUGAAUUUGCUGAAGAUGAGACCAUGGAAAUCAAAAUCACAAAGGAACAAAUUAAGGGUCUUGUAGUGGAUUUCUUCUCUGCAGGGACAGAUUCGACAGCUGUGGCAACAGACUGGGCUCUAUCAGAGCUCAUCAACAACCCGAGGGUGCUGAAGAAAGCAAGAGAGGAAGUUGAAAGUGUUGUUGGAAAAGAUAGACUUGUUGAUGAAGCAGAUAUUCAAAAUCUUCCAUACAUUAGAGCCAUCGUGAAGGAGACAUUCCGCAUGCAUCCUCCACUCCCUGUUGUUAAGAGAAAGUGUGUACAAGAAUGUGAGCUCAACGGUUACGUGAUCCCAGAGGGAGCACUGAUACUCUUCAACGUGUGGGCCGUGCAAAGAGAUCCCAAAUACUGGGAGGGCCCAUCCGAAUUCCGUCCUGAGAGGUUUUUAACUGCUGAAGGGGGAGCAACCUCCAUUGAUCUUAGAGGCCAGAAUUUCGAGCUUCUCCCAUUUGGGUCUGGAAGGAGGAUGUGUCCAGGUGUGAAUUUGGCAACUGCAGGAAUGGCCACAUUGCUUGCAUCUGUUAUCCAAUGCUUUGAUUUACAGGUUGUGGGUCAAAAGGGCAAAUUAUUGAAAGGAAGUGAUGCCAAAGUUAGCAUGGAAGAGAGUCCUGGUCUCACUGUUCCAAGGGCACAUAAUCUGAUGUGCGUUCCACUUGCAAGAACCAACGUCACAUCUGAACUCCUUUCCUCAUAAAAGUACAACACAAAUAACCUACAUGUUUUCUUUGUGAGCUGAUAGAAAACAAAUGUUUUCUUUGCGAAUGCUUUUAUAUGGUAUUAAUAAUCAUAUUCACUUUUCUUUCUACACCUUUAA